AUGAUGCCUCGUGGAAUCACGCGAUGCAAAGGGAUGCUCCCGACCCUUCUGGGACUGACGAUCGGCCUCGCCCUUUCCUUUCUCCGAGCGCCAGUAAUCGAGCCAGAUGAAUGCCGAACAUACGAAACCUCACUUGACAGUAAUAAUGAAGCCCUUGCGCUGGACAAUUCCGUGCCGGCUUUUCCCGCAUCUGAUGAAGAAGAAGAUUUCGAGCCUCAAAUCAUCGUUGAUCCGAAGCUCAAGCCAAAAGUCGACCUGGAAGCGAACAAGAAAAAAGUCGUGCGAAGCCGUUAUAUUUCUACCGAACUUGGAAUCCGCGAACGUCUUGUUUCAUCUAUGAUAACUACAAAGGAUACAGUCUCGUCACUUGCGAUUGCACAGAAUAAAACGCUUGGCCAUCACAUGCAAAAACUGCUGUUCUUCUUUGGCUCUCACGAGCAACCCUUCAGAGGGAAGAAUCAUCAACCAGCUGGGAUGAACAUUGUUGUCCACCCAGAAGAAGACGAGAUUCGAAUUCUCUACCAGACUCUGUACUAUCUCUAUCAACACUACAACGAAGUCUACGACUGGUUCUUCGUCGGCUACGACAAUUCUUACGUCGCCGGCUACCGGGUCAACGAAAUUGUCAACCACAUGUCUAUCACGCGCAAGUUGUACCUCGGCCUUCCUGCCCGAAUCCACGACGAGAAAAUAGACGGUUACUACUGUAAACAAUCGGCCGGCUUCAUCAUGUCAAGAGCGCUUAUGAUGGCGGUAAUGCCGGAAAUGAACAAAUGCUUGAGUGGAAUAACAGCUGAUUCGCCGGACGAAUGGCUCGGCCGAUGUUUGCUCACGCUAACAAAGGGAGAAGUCGGAUGUGUAAAUACAGAAGAAGUUCAAACUUACGAAUCAAUAAACCUCGAAAACGACGAACAAUUUGACGUCGAAACAGCCUCCUCAAAGUUAUUUGAAAAAGCUGUCUCCGCUUUCCCUGUCGUCACUACCACCGAAGUUUACAAAUUGCACAAACGCUUCUCAGAAGUCGAAAUCGACAUGACUUACCGGAAGAUUGAAUUCCUCCAAGAAGAGAUCAAGAAUCUCUCAGCCAAGACUCCACAAGGAGAAGAUGGUCUCAGCUGGCCAAUUGGUGUCAAUCCUCCCUUCCAACCUUCGAAUAGAUGGGAAGUCAUCAACUGGGACUAUUUUGACUCCACGCACACGCUCACAUGCCCAGGCGAAAUACCAAAAUGCGAGCUAUCUGAUAUGGAGAAGAAAGACGUCAACGACAUCGUAGCAACAGCUGUUUCGCGAUUGCAAGAAAAAUAUAAGCCACAAGGAAUGGAAAUCGACCUGAUCAAGCUGGAGAACGGUUACAAACGAUUUGAUCCCCAACGCGGUAUGGAAUACAUGCUAGAUUUGAAACUCCGUGUCACCGUGGAUGCUGGACAAACUGAAUUAAGCCAUCGUGUUGAUCUUCUGCGACCGCUCUCGCAAGUGGAGAUUAUCCCGAUGCCUUACGUGACCGAUACGACCAAAAUAAACAUGAUCCUUCCUGUUUCGGUGGACGAAGCCGAAGCCCUCCGGGUGUUUUUGGACAAAUUCGAAAAGAAAGUUCUGAUGGGCAAGGACAAAGAGUCAAUCCUGUUGACUAUUAUUUUCAUAUACGGCGCUGCAGAGGCUGAAAAAGUUCACCAAAAGGACGAUCCCUUCACUGUACAAAAAGAGCGACUCGGCGCACUGGAAGUGAAAUAUGGUAGCCAAGAGAACCGCCCAAAGGUCAUUCCAUGGAUGUCGAUUAAGACCGACAUCCCAAGCCAGUUGCGAAUUCUGGACGUGAUUGUCCGAACUAAGAAGUUCACGGCGGACUCUCUCUUCUUCCUCGCCUCACCCCACGCAGACGUCAAUGCAGAUCUGUUUGACAGGUGUCGAAUGAACGCGAUAGCAGGAUGGCAAGCGUACUUCCCCGUGCCUUUUACGCAGUUUAACAAGGAGAUAGCGCCUGAUGUCAAGGAAGAGAUCGAAAUCAAAGGAUCAACUGGCCAUUUCGAUAUCUAUAGCUUCGACGAAACAUGCUUCUUUAACUCGGACUACAUGGCAGCCCGUAGCAAAUUUGCUCAGAAGAGUCAAAAGAAUCAAGAUCUCAUUGAUAACAUCGACUUAUACGAAUUGUUUAUGGAAAACUCGGAGCUCCAUGUUUUCCGAGCAGUAGAACCUGCGUUGAAGAGAAGAUGGACGCUGCGCCAGUGCAGCGUGAAGAGAGGCGAUGGAGCGGUGGAUAGAUGUGAACGGUCUAAUGCCGAAGGGCUUGGAACGAGAACGCAACUUGCGAUGAAGCUGUUCCCAGACGAAGUAAACAGCGACGACACGUGA